CACUCGAAUGAUUGUUACGACAACGGAAGACAAAUCAAACCGAGGAAGAAGACCUGUUGCUGGGGCUGCAGACACGACCUAGAGAAUCACUGGCCUUUCACUCAGCUUGCAGGAAAGGCUGCACAGCACCUGUCACACAGGGCAGGACAGCAACUAGUGUGCACGGCGUCUUCUUCCAGGAGAGCAGUGCUGACGUGAUGUUCGAGGAGCACCACGCGGCACACUGAGCCCCCCUUGGCCGGCGCCACCAUGGACUCCCCGUCAGCCCAGACCCCGCCGCCGCAGGCCUCGUUAUCCAAAGGAGGUCACCCGUUGCUUUCCAGCGGGCCCCUGAGCGCCACACUGGGGCCUCAAGGAAAGCACUAUGUCUGCGGCUCCGUUGCGGCUUUCACCAACAUCCUGGUGACGUUCCCAAUCCAGAAGGUUCUCUUCCGUCAGCAGCUGCACGGCGUGGUGGCCAUCGAGGCGGUGCGACAGCUCCAGAGGGACGGACUCAGGAAUCUAUACAGGGGGUUGCUCCCCCCGCUGCUCCAAAAAAGCACCACCGUCGCCAUCAUGUUUGGUUUGUACGAAGACUUUUCCAGAGUUCUUCUACAGCGCGCAGACGGUAGCGGCGUUCCGGAGCUAAUCACGCGAAGCUUCGCCGCCGCGCUGGCGGGAACGGCAGAGGCAUUCCUGACCCCCUUCGAGCGUGUGCAGACGCUACUUCAGGACCACCGGCACCACGGACGCUUCAACAACACAGCCCAUACUUUCCGGACACUUCUAACGGAAUACGGUGUCCGGGAAUGCUACCGCGGUCUCGUUCCCAUCGUGCUCCGCAACGGCCCCAGCAACGUUCUCUUCUUCGGACUCCGCGGACCCAUUAAGGAUCAUCUCCCGGAAGCGACAAGCAAAGCGGGUCACCUUGUUGUCGAUUUUGUCUGCGGCGGCGUGCUAGGGGCGGCGCUGGGAAUCAUGUUCUUCCCGUUAAACGUGGUGAAGUCGCGGGCUCAGGCUCAAGUGGGCGGCGCCUUCCAGCCGUGCAGGCAGGUGCUGCUCACGGUGUGGCGAGAGCGAGGCCGGAGCGUGGCGAUGCUCUUCAGGGGGGCUCACCUCAACUACCAUCGCUCGCUACUCUCGUGGGGCAUCAUCAACGCCACGUACGAGCUGCUGCUGAAGCUCAUGUGACUUGAGAGCGAGGAUUGUUGCACAGUCGGGACAUUUAAACUGUAUACUAAACUUGUGCCAGGGGCCAUUUUGGAAGCGGGAAAGUAUUGUUUUUUGUGUGUUUGUGUGCACUUUUGUUUUUUUUUUUACAAUUUCAAUGAAAAAACAAGCUUUGCCACAUCACUGAAAACACCUUUUUUGUGAAUUUAACCAUUACGAUACACUGAAUUCUCCCAAUUAAUUGUCAAGAAAAGUGAAAUAAAGUAAUGGUUGGCAGUUG